AUGUUGGAAGAAUAUCAUGAACGACUCAAGGGAGUUAUCUUUACGUAUUUCCGCAUUUGGCGGUGUGAGUUCCUUCCGGAUUGUGGAUUGAAGGCAAUUAGGGCGAUUGAGACGUCAAUUUACCCACUUAACUUGGCUUUUGGCAUUUUCUGCGUUGUCUGGCAUUUCAUCUACCAAAUGGUGGACUAUGGGUACGACUUGGCACUCACAAUCGUCUACUUCUUUGCCAUCUAUCAGUGCGCAAUGGUUUUCUCUGAAAUCAUGAUCAAUCAUCGGGAUAGGAUUUUUGAGAUGCUUCGCUUCUUUGAUGGUUGGCUAAAAGACACUGAACCACUCAUUGCGGAAAUUAGGAAAAAGUAUCUCCUGAUUAACAUUAAGCUCGGUCUAAAGUGGACAAAGAUCUUCUUGUUCUUCAUCACCUUCGUGGGAAUAAGCGUCAACUCCUUCCAUCUCUACAUCUCAAAUUUCUCAGCCCCAAUGCUCUUCACCAUUCCUGGACUACCCAAAGAGAGUCUCUUCUACUACCCCGUCAAUGUAAUCUACGGAACAAUUCUCUACUUUUCCAUUCUGGAAAAUAUCAUGAUUGCCGAUGCUGUCGUGAUGAUUAUGAUUCUCUACUUCAAAUCCGAAUUCUAUACCCUCGCAGAACUCGUUACGAAACUCAAUGACACCACUACGGCCAGGAAUGAGGCAUCAAGGAUUCUCAGGAUAACCCAUGAGUCCCACUUUGUUGCCCUGGUGAAGGUGAAGGAAAUAACUCAGGCAUUCUGGCAGCUCUACUUCCACAAACUCUUCGCCAUUAUGAUCUACCUCUGUUGCACGCUCUACAUCUUCAAUUCACUUAAUUCCUCAAUUUUUAUUGCGGUUCUCAUUGUUGGUGCCAUGACGUCACAAAUCUUCAUUCUCUGCUUUUUUGGGCAGGUCAUUGAGAGUAGUUCGGAGUUGCUCUUCAAUAAUUUUUACAUGACAAAGUGGUAUGAGAUGAAGUUGCGUGAUCAGAAGGAUUUUCUCAUGCUUCUCGUGAAUCUGCAGAAACCAGUGAGAAUUGAGACAUUUGGCUUUGGGAAUAUUUCUAUUUACACCUUUGUCCAGAUUUGCAAGGCAGCUGCAACCUAUGCUGCCUUCCUCUACACCGUUAUCAACUAA